AUCACUCCUAACCUAUAUUAUACAGCCUCUUGACGAACUUAAUAUUGUCAAGCUUUACUUAUUUUACACCAUUUCCACAAAAAAAUGACCAAUGAUGUAUCCAAGAAGAAGGGGAAAAGUUCGAGUGAGAAAAAGGCGAAGAGAAAGGCCAAGCGGAGAGAGACUUACGCGAUGUACAUCUAUAAAGUUUUGAAACAGGUCCAUCCGGACACGGGGAUUUCUAGCAGAGCCAUGAGCAUCAUGAACUCCUUCGUGAAUGACCUGUUUGAGAGGAUCGCCACGGAAGCGUCCCGCCUGGCUCAGUACAAUAAACGCUCCACCAUCACCAGCAGAGAGGUGCAAACCGCGGUGAGGCUGCUGCUGCCCGGCGAGCUGGCCAAACACGCCGUGUCUGAAGGCACCAAGGCUGUCACCAAGUACACCAGCUCCAAGUGAAGACCUCCACACACUCCAGUUUAUUAUUUCAAACAUGUGCAUCAGUGACUUUGUAAACUGGUUGGUUUCAAUAAACGCACG